AUGAAAGCUCAAGGCAACAAGGGAAAGCCCAAUGGCCAUCGUCGGUCGAACUCACGCCAAGGAACCCCACCUUCGCUGACCAGAACUAUGUCUCUGGAGGAUGAUAAGUUACUCUUCUUGGCCGCCAAAUCGAUUGGCAAACCCUGUGUAAUCACAGUAGCCACUGGUGCUCGCUACCUGGGAUCGUUACUCGCGGUCGACUUGGCUCAGAACGCACCUGCUUCUAUUGUGAUCAAUAAGCCUACUUUAUUGUCAGGAGCGUUGAUCACUGAGAAAACUAAUAUCGACGCAAAAUUACCCGACAGAUUGGUUGUGGAGGGAAAGAACUUGAUUGAUUUCGAGGUCACCACCUCCUUAUCUGGAACUGAAGAACCAGUUCCAAAACAGUCGUCCCCUCUCAAAUCUGACUCAGUGGCUACUCCUCCUGCUGCCGAGACUAAGCAAGAAGUCAAACCGUCAACCGAACUGACGUCCACUUUCAAGACAGACACUGACAUAUCGGCCACCACCACCAAAGCACCUGUAAGGGAGCGUGAGCUUCAAAGAUGGGUUCCGGAUGACGACCUGAAAAUGGUUCUGUUGGAAGAUAGUGGUAAGGGUCACUGGGAUCAAUUCAAGGUAAACGAAGAGAAAUUCGGUGUGGGAUCCACGUACGAUGAAAGCUUGUACACUACCAAGAUCAACACAAGUGGUGCUGACUACAAGAAGCGACUCAAGGAAGCUACAAUUAUCGCCAGGGAAAUCGAAAGUCAAUCUUCAACUGAUCGUCAUAUUCUAGAGGAAAGAGGAAUACAAGUUGAUGAUAGCGGUGUCGAUGAAGAAGACAAGUACUCCGGUGUGGACAGGCGUGGAGACGAAUUGAUGGCAGCACUCAAAAAUGCAACGAUAACGGACGAACCGCCAAUCCUUAAAUCCGAUGGCAAGUACGUAACACCUCGUCACAGAGCUGCUCAUUACCAUAAUGACCCAGCUAUUGUAUCGAGUUCAGCUGCAGGAGAAAGCAAAGGCGACUCUAAUGCUCAGGUUCUGAAGGAGUACAACGAAUCUUUCAGAUUGAAUGCUCAAAGUGAGAUCAAUUCACUUCGCGAAUUCAGUGCCAACUUUAAGAUACCCCACAGAAUGCCAACGGAUUUGCUUCCCAUACUUGCCAAGGAUAAGUCCAAGCAAAGCGAGAUACUAAAGAAACAGGACAAACCAAAGGAGGUAAAAGAUACCAGCGGACUGCAAUCACCCCAGCCUACUUUGCUUCUGAAACGUAUGGAUCCAACCAAACCGGCAUUCAAGUUGAAUCCCAAAGCUGCGGCCUUUACUCCCUCUAAGUCAAGCCAAAUGCUGCUGCCAGUUCCUUCAAAAGCAGGCUUCCGUUCUCCUGUCAAUCCUUCUCCUCGCCUCAACAAUCAGCGCACAUAUACGAGUGGCUCUAGCUCGGGAUCUGGCAACUCGAAACGUCAUUAUCAAAUUUCGCCAGCCGAGUUCUUUGGAGGAUCUGAUAAAGUGCCUACCAAGGACACUCAGAAAAAGAAGGUUGAACAAUUUAAAAUCUCGUUCAAUUUGUUUAUUACCGCCCAAAAGACCCAAAAUACAAAGACACCAACGAUUGAGAAGACGUUUAUCACCCCUCCAACGUGGACUUUCACGGACGAUUUACCGCACACAAGUUUAUUCCCUACGAAUGCCAAUCGCAAGACGAUGAUGUCACCAACUCCAAUGCCAUUUUCACCCAGUCCGUUGAUGGGAGCUCCAAUGGUACCAGCCAAUUACGCUGGAAUGCCGCCUCCCAAUGGCAAGUUUCCAAUGUCUCCCCAGCACCAACAAGCAGCCGCAAUGGCUGCGAUGCAGCAACAACAGCAAAUGCACGCGGCCAUGAUGCUUCAACACCAGCAGCACCUCCAAAUGUCGCCAGGUCAAGCUCCGGUACCUAUGUUCCCUCAGGCAGAUAUGGGUCAAUAUUUUCCUCCAGGGUACGUUCCCUCGCCAACAGGGUUUGGAAAUGUCAGUCCAAAUGGAAACGUGAUGAACCAAUACGGAUCGCCAAUGCCGUAUAAUAGGAGGUUUGGUCCUAAGCGAACGUAG